AUGAAGAAAAAGAAAAAAUGUGGGACACCAAAAGCCAUCCAAGUACUGCGUCCUAACACCACCAAAUUCCCAAAUUGUAGAUCUUAUAAUGUAACAACUGGUCUGACUAAUCAGAACUCUUGA